AUAUUCAGAUAUUUUUACCUUCUUGCAAGUCUGAUUCAAAGAUUCGUAGUGUUCAUAUGCAGUGUUAUAACCUGCAUCGUAUUAUUCCCGCGUUAAAUGCCGAUACACGUUCUUUGGAUGACUGCGCUUUGGCUUAAACCGUUUCCGUAGAAACACAGCUUGUAGUCUUUUGUGACAUUGUUGUCGCCGCUAUCCCACGUGUUGCAGAAGAGACAAAUACAUUGCAGACUCCCGCCACCGAGCGAGCUGCAUCGACAGCUUUAAGUCAUCGCUGUCACUGCAAGACAUUACGAUUCUCUAGUCUUCACAGUUCACAUCUUCCAUUCCUUCUAAAGGCUAUACAAUGAGCGAAUACUUCUCGCUGUCGGAGUGUGAUGUAAUUGGCUUUGAUUUGGACCACACGCUCUGUCGAUACAAUUUGAAGGAGACCUCCAGGCUAAUCUAUGAGAGUUUUGCACGGUAUCUGGUGGAACACAAGGGCUAUGAUAAAGAUCUGCUUCAUUUAACACCUGCUACUUGGGAUUUCUGUUUUAAAGGUCUUGUGGUGGACCUUGAGGAGGGCAACCUGGUCAAGUUGGCAGAGGAUGGUACUGUCUUGCGAGCAACUCAUGGCACUAAAAACCUUAGUACUGACGACAUCAUAAAACAUUAUGGUCCAAAAAGAGAAUGGAAGCAUUUUAAUAGCCUCAAUACCUCGUACACACGAUCUGCAAAAUACUAUUUUUAUGACAACUAUUUUGACCUCCCUGGGGCUCUUCUCUGUGCCAGAGUGGUGGAUAUGUUGAAUAAGCGAGGAGCUGAAAUCACAUCUGACCUUUGGAAAGACAUUGUUGCUGCUAUUGACCAUAAUUACAAUACAUCUGCAUUUCGGGAGGACACAGGGACGUAUUUCCCCAGUGUGAAGCGUUGUCCUGGCCGUUACCUGCAGCCCUGCUCAGAUGCGGUGAAGAGAUGGUUGAGGAGCAUGAAGAACAGUGGUAAAAUCCUACUGCUCAUCACCAGCUCACACUCUGACUACUGCCGGCUCGUGUGUGAGCACAUACUUGGAACGGACUUUGAGGAGCUGUUUGACAUCAUUAUCACUAAUGCUCUGAAGCCUGGAUUCUUCUCUUUGGUUCCACAGCAGAGACCUUUCAGAACGCUGGUGGAUGAUGUUGAAGAUAGUGAAGGACUGCCAUCUCUGGAAAAGCCUGGUUGGUAUUCUCAGGGCAACUGGCCUCAUCUACAUGAACUACUGAAGACCAUGACAAACAAAUCAGAGCCCAAGGUGGUGUAUUUCGGAGACAGCAUGCGCUCUGACAUGUUCCCGGCCUGCAGCUUUGGAAAGUGGGAGACGGUGAUGAUUGUGGAGGAGAUGGAGGGGGAGGGCGUUCCACGUGCUAACGCGACCCCCAGUAACAGCCCCACCCCGAGUGAAGGCCCGGCAGAGAAAAAGGGCAAGUUUGAGGAUCAAGGAAUGAAAUCUCCUUCAGCUGUAUCAAACCAGUGGGGCUCAUAUUUUGUGGACGUGCAAAAGAAUGAAGGAGAAGAGACACGGAGACUCACCUGGUGUUGCCACAGUAUCCACACAUACAGCACCAUGGCUAUACCCAGCAUUGAGGCUAUAGCAGAUCUUCCUCUAGACUUUAAGUUCCAGAGAUUCUCUUCAGACAAGCCCAUCACGACAGGUUUUUACCCCAGACCUCCAGACUCACUGCUGAAAUGGGAGGAGAACUAGCCCCGAACCCUCACGCCUGUCAGGAUAGACCAGGAGAUUGUUUCAGCGUUACGUUCUCGAGCUUCACCACAGAGCUAGACCAUCCAUUCGUCCAAUCAGUGAUAAAGCUGUGUGAAUGUAACACCCAGAGCACCGUCUGUGUAUUUUGUUCUCACCUCUUCCUGAAUUACUACAGUGUACACAGUAUGAAGUUGUAUCUGUACACAUGCUGAACAUUGAUCAUUGGAUGUACGAGGAAGUCACAGUGUAUUGUGUGUCACCCAGCGUUGUGCACUCACUACCAUUAAAGUACUUUUAAUGGUGUACAGAGAAGAAAAACAUAGCUUUUCCAUCAGCUGUGUGUGCUUUUUGUUUUGUUUUGUUCUGUUUUUAUGAAAGGAAUGUUACAUGACCUCAGAGGAUUUGUUCUUGCAGCUGUUGUAAAAGCUUUCUGAGGAAAGCAGACACAAAUUAUGUUAAUAUCCAUGCAGUCAACAACAGCAAACAGCCAUAAGUUCUUUGCUCCUUUUGUGAGUAGUUGAUGUUUCGAAAGUGUUGUAACCUACCAGUUUUCUAACUGGUUCAGUUCUAGGAUGGUUUAUUAUAGAAUACUGUAGUUUGUUUUACUUUCCAUCAUUUGAUUAUGAUUUAAAGUACUUCAGUUUACUGCCGUUUACUGUAUUCUGCCGACGUUUCUGUGACAAAUGGAGCAAUGGACGUCAUACUUCCAAGCACCAGUACUUAAAGGAAUAGUUUACCCAAAACUAAAAAAUUGUUGGUAUUCAUGCACCGCCAUGUUGUUCCAAACUACUGAGCUGUUGAUGGAACAUUAAGACAUUGCUUAAGAAUCCUUAUGUUUAUAGUGACUACAUAUGUUAAACUCUAAAAAGGACGGAGAUAAAUGCAUCUGAAACUAGUCUAUAUGACUCAUGUGCUAUGUUUCAAGUUUUCUGAUGCCAAAAGAAGAACAUUUGGUACUGACCUUUUGUUGUUGUUGUUAUUGUUAACUAUUGCAUCAGUUAAGUGAUUCAGUGAGAUGAACUCUAGAACUGGAUCAUUGAAUUAACUGGUAAUUUGAGGUGGAAAUAGUUGAUCCAGGAAAGUGCGUGUUUACAAUCAGACUGAUUUGUUUGAAUUGCAGAUUCAGUAAUCCAGUUACAGCAGUUCUCAUGUUAACAUCUCACUGACAGAAAGUUUAUCAGUAAAAAAGACACAUUUUGAUUUGUUCCUCACACAAAACUAUUAGAAAUCUUAAAAUAUAGCAAACAUCCUAUGUAUGUUUUAGAUUUUUCAAAAAAUUAGAUUUUUUGUUUCAAGGAUGAAAGUUGUAGAGGUUUGGAACAACACAAGGUGAGUAAAGAAUGAAAUUUCAUUUAGUGGUGAACUAUUUCUUGUAAAUGCCUUUCGUUUCAGGUCUUCAUUGUUAUUGAAUGAAGAGGGGUGAUUUUUUUUUUUUCUGUGUAUGUAAUGUUAUCAUAACAUAUUGUGUAAAAAUGUUGUGCUGUUGGGUGAUAGUUAAUGUAAACAGUCAGUUUCUGUCAUGCACAGGACCAGUGUUGAGUGGUGCCAAGCUUUACCCACCCAUUUAGUGAUUUUAUGUGUCAGGGCACAUCUUUCACCUAAAACCCAUUAUUUGUUUCAUGUGUGUGCUGGCCCUGAGCUUUAAUAAUAAUUUGUUUAAAGCAAUGUAAGUGGAAUUGAUGUUUUUACGUUGAGUGCUCUGAUGAGGUUUCUGCAGUGGUAGGCUGUAAUGGAUUUUACAUAAAAAUGGUGCAGUGUUAAAUAACAUUGCAUGAUAAAGGUUUUACAGAGGUGCCCAAAACUAAGUAUUAAGUGACACUAGGCAGCUUCGUCACUGGUGCGGAAGUGUGGAAAUCCUCAUCAUAAGCAUGACCUAUUUUUCUGAAAUAAAAAAAAGAAAAUAGUCUCUUCUGUAUGUCGUGAGUAGCACUAGUGCUUGUUUAUUGAGGUGCAGGGAAAGUGUUCAUAUGUGCAGAUAAAAUAAACAAGAAAAAAUGUAA